AUGUUUUCAUCGCUAGCCGCCAUUCGCCGCCGAUACUACAGCGUGCUGAGAUUACCGCAUAUUCGAAAGAGCGUUUCCGUGAGGUGUGGCUCUGGAGGCUUUGUAGAUAUCGAUUUAUAUAACGUCGACGAGUUUUCGCCUUCUAAAUUCCUGGUUGUUCAUUUGCCUCCAUCACCGGAAUACGCCAACGGUGUAAAGCAAUUGCCGGAAUUCUUGCAUGACUGGCCUGUCGCUAGCAUUAACUAUCGAUGGGAGACUGAACGUCGCAAUGUCGCAGGCCAAGAGGCCGUAAGCCAGGAACAAGAGUUUGCCGACUCUGUAGAUUGGCCUGUGCCGAUGCAUGAUGUAGCAUUUGCUUACCAAUGGAUAACCGGAGCUCUGAUGCCCCCAAACAAAGGUCGAGGGGGCAUUUAUGUCUACGGAUCUCAUCUCGGCGCCGGCCUGGCCAUGUCCCUCGCAUUGACCGAGUCGCGCCCAAAUGAAGCGUUUUGUGUGCGUGGCAUCGCAGCUUACAAUGGGAUCUACAACUGGACCAUGUUCUUGCCAGGCCACAGAAUAAACAUGAUUAGGUCAAUGAUGGACGCUGCAAGGCUUUCGCGGCGUACAGACGGCAAUCUUAUACUUGAUACCCUGCAACAGAGAUUGGUGUCCCUGUUUCAAACGCCAUCCAAUCUCUUUGACCCCUUCGCAAGUCCAAGCCUCUUCUUCCACAAUCCAGGGCUAUCCAUACCAGAAUCAUUUUACAAAUCUGCAGACGUCGCCAACGUUGUCAGCACAUUGAAAGGACAGGCGAGUGACGUGACGAAGGGAACUGGAUUGCCCCGUAACUCUCAUCUUGUGUUCCCUCCCAGAAAAUCAAAUAUGAAGAUUCCUGAAACCAUCCUCUUACAUGACGCGCCGUCUGGACCGCCGUCACGCCAACCAAGAACAAAAACAGCACUUAAAGGCUUAAAGCACGGAGACCAAAGAAACACAUUCAAGAAUCAAGCGGAUGAAAUUGCCAGUUUAAUGAGACGCGGCUUGACCAUGGUUGAGCUUAAGGGGCUAGCGAAAUGGAUUGAGGACGCGCAUUAUCUGGCAGAAGAGCCGAAACGCAGAAUUCAGGUCGUCGAAGUAGGGCAAGAAAGGGACGAUCUGGAACUGAAUGAAUUCGGCCAGCAGGUUGUGUUAGAUUGGCUGAAUGAGAAUCUUAGAACAAUAGACAUGAAAUAA